CUGCAGAUCUCAUUCUGGUAGCUCUUCUACAGCUGCAUAUGGUUACAGAUAUGUUACUAUUUAUUACAAUUUUACAAAUCUUAUGAAAAACAUUUACCUGUUAUCAGAACCUCUCAAUUUUUUCCUCUUGACUCAAUUUUUUGGAUGUCUAUUAGCCUUUUCAUCUCAGCUGUUAUGAAUCUCAGCCUUCUGAACAAUGGAAGUUUUUGCCUGGACUGAACAGACCUGGAUGCUCAACAAUCACAACAGCACGGCUGGAACUCCAUGCACGAUGGGACCCUGUAAUGGGACGUUGUCCCCACAGCCAUCGACCCCUCGGUUCUCCCUGGGUGUGUCGGUGCUCCUGGCUCUGCUCAUGGUGCUGCUGGCUCUGGUCACAGUCUUCGGAAAUGUCCUGGUGAUCCUGGCUUUCAUCUUGGACAGAAAUCUCAGGCAUCGGAGUAACUAUUUCUUUCUCAACCUUGCCAUUUCUGACUUUGCAGUGGGUGUCUUCUGCAUGCCACUAUACAUCCCUUAUGCCCUGACAGGGACCUGGCACCUGGGAAAAGGACUAUGCAAGCUCUGGCUGCUUAUGGACUAUCUUGUGUGUUCAGCUUCAGUGUUUAACAUUGUCCUUAUCAGCUAUGACCGUUUCCUGUCAGUUACAAAAGCGGUAUCUUACAGAGCCCAGCAGGGAAUGAUGUCCAGCCCUGUUGUCAAGAUGGUGGCCAUCUGGAUUCUUGCCUUCCUGCUCUAUUCUCCAGCAGUUCUCCUUUGGGAAUACAUGACUGGCUGCAGCAUGGUGGAGGAGGGGCAGUGCUAUGCCGAGUUCUUCAACAACUGGUACUUCCUCCUGUGUGCAUCCACCCUGGAGUUCUUUGUGCCCCUGAUCUCAGUCACCUACUUCAACGUGAGCAUCUUCUACAACAUCCAGAGACGCCAGCGGCGCGGCAGCAUUCAAUACUGUGAGUCUCCAGGGAGCAGCAGUGUGUCCUGGAGGUUUUGUUUUUUGCUGAGGCGAGGAUCCUCUUUGUCAGAAAUGGAGAACAGCGUUUCAUCAGUAAUGAGGUCAUCAAGACCAUCACUGGCAUCUAACUGUACAUCUCCAACAGCAACGAGUCCUGUGGCUGUCAAAAGGGACUUCUCUGCAUCUUUCCGUGCAAAUUCUCGGUCAAGACUGCAAAGAGACAAGAAGAUUGCAAAGUCGCUUGCCAUAAUUGUGUGUGUCUUUGCCAUUUGCUGGGCCCCAUAUACUUUACUAAUGAUUAUUCGUGGAGCCUGCCAAGGAAAAUGUGUCCAUCCAAUCCUGUACGAAAUUACAUUUUGGCUUUUGUGGAUCAAUUCCUCUCUGAACCCAUUUCUUUACCCACUCUGUCAUAUGAGAUUUCAAAUGGCCUUUAUGAAAAUAUUAUGUCCCCAAAAGUUGGCAGCAUUGAGAUCAAAUGAUACACCUUCUGUUUAGAGCAUUAAAGUAAAAGAGUCAGAAAUAACAUUUGUCUCUUACUGCCUUUUUUUCACCUUUCUUCAAUAGAAAUAGAGAAAAACAUUUGUUUGCUAAUGGCAUUAGUUAAGAGUAGGCGGAGGCACAUACUUGUUCUUAUUUUGCUGAUUUUCAGAUUUUUUCUUUUUAUGCUGGUUCAUUCAAGAUUAAACACUGUCUGGAAUGAAAUUAAUAACAAAGUUUUACUGGAUGCUCUUCUUGACUUAUGGGCUUGAAGUGCUUCUUUUUAGUAUUAUGGAAGAACUCUUCCAUAGAUAUCUCUGUAUAUGUUCAUUGGAGGGGACAUGCCUCUUUUUGUAUGUGCUGAGUUAAAAUUUUAUGUACAAUUUGUAGACCUCAAGCUAUCAGAGGAGAAAGAUGUGCUACAGUUUUGACAUGUCCUGUAAAACCCACAGGAGGAGUAACAUUUCCUUUUAAAAAGUGUUAUGAAGGCAACAUAGUGCUCUGUAGUCAUUAUGAUUACAGUGAAGGGCAUUAUUCAGUUGUACAGACUGCCUAAUCCAACAUCUCUCUCUUUUAAUUAUAAUGCGGUCCCUUCUUGGUGCUGUAGGACACAAUGAGUGUGCAUAAGUAACUGAGUCAUUUUUAGAAAACAGAUGUUUCCAUGGUAAUGAAAUUUUGGGACUGCUUAUCAAAAUAAUCACAGGCAUAAACAGUUCUCUUUACCAGCACUAGCUUUUCUCCUGGUAGUGGCUGCCUCUUUGGUCAUGCUUAAAUCAUCUUCAGUGCCAGAUUCAUGCACUCCUUGAUUACUUAGAAGAUAGGCCAAGCUUUGGCACGUGAUGACAUUCCUGUGAAUGAGCAGAGCAAGCAGUACAAAGUUCAUGCUGCAUUUGAGUUUUUUGGCUGUCUGUAUGAGAACAGACAACACUCUCCUGUUUAUUUGCAAGUGCAAAGAUAUUCCAUCUAAAUGGCUGGAACAAAUUCAAGCUGGCAGAGCUACGUCAGAGUGAUGUUUAAACUAAAUCAUCUCUAUAACUGAGCAGAGGCCAUAUUCACUUAUUGAGAAGGAGGUUCACUGAAGUCUGUCUGAAAGCUGAUAGACAGGUGUCUUAAAUAUCUAUUAAUAAAACGGGAGUGAAUAUGCAGUGCUAAAAGGCUGAGUAAUGCAAUGGAACCUGAUUAUAAUCCAUUCCAGGUGUCAGAUCUUUUGUUGAGUGUUGCAAGUUUUCCUCAAGGUUUUCAUGGAUGGAUGAGUGUUACUGUUUGUAUUUUUUCCCUCUAUUUUAAUGUAUAUAUACACAUUAUAGAAUCAUAG